AUGGAGGUCACAAGCACGGAGCCCCGUCCCCGCCGCUGUAGGGGCCCGUACAACCGAUACCCCCCCAUCGCCCCUCGCCCGGAUUCCGACCAGGGAAACGGGAAUCGGGCGGGCGUGCCGCGUCCGCUCUCGCUGUCACAGGUGCUCCGGAAUCGAGCUCAUCAGAUUCGGCGUCUGACCUCGCGCGGGGAGAACGCGCCCAACCCGCCCAGCCCGUGGAGAUACUGGUUCCAGAGCCGGGACAACGAGGGCGCUAUACCAUCCGCGGAUACCAGCCCCCAGCGGCAGUGAUGGGCUCUGGCCCUGGCCGCAGCAGCAUGUCCGUCCAUCCCAGUUACAUCGGGAUGGACUACCCCGUCGCCGGCUGCACGCAGCCCGCCCAUUUGGGCUUCGUCGAUCCGCGAGCGGCCCCGAUGGCAUAUGGCUCUCCCAGCAGCGGGUCUGACCUUGGCCUUGGCGACCUUGUCAAGAGCCCGAACGCCAGCAUCGACGGGAACGACACCACAAUGACUGCCGCCCCUGAUAUUUAUGACCCUGUCUACUAUCGUCCCUGGUAUCAAGCGGGACCAUACGUCCUUAAAACUAGUUUCUGGCCUGACCACCCUCCCUUUCCCCCGUCGAGCAGCGGCACCCGCAACGCUUCACCGAGGCCAGUCAGUCACCGCGCUGGCUUCGACGAGCAGCAAGACGCAAGCAUAGCAGCAUGCCGGGUGAGCCGACCGACUGUUCCUGAGCAACUAUACCGCGAGUUGCUGUCGCGCCCUCUUUUCUUCAACAACUCGGCGCCAGCUCAGGUUGGCAAUACGUUCUCCGAGCCUAUGAAGUUGGACUCACAUCCCUCGCCAAACAUCCAGAAGACCAACCAGCAGAAUCAGCACGUUGACUGUGGCGCUUCAUCGGAUGCCAAAACACACGCCGUGUACAUCAAAACGGAAUCCGAUCCUGGUGACAACCCUAGCGCCGCCAUGUCAGAUCACGGCCCAGAGCACCCCGAGCAAAGCCAGCCGCGGCAGCAGCAGAAAGAUCUCGACCACCAGCACCAGCACCGUCAGCAGCAUCAGCAUAGUCAUCAGCAGGAGCACGAGCAGGAGCACCAGCACCAGCACCAGCACCAGGGCCGUCACCUUCACCAUCAGCAC